AUGGCGCAGCCCGCGGCGGAGGAGGCGUGUGGCUGCGCCGCCGCCGCACCGGGAGACGACGGCGAGGAGAUGAACGGCAGGAAGGUGGCUCUGAUCACCGGCAUCACCGGGCAGGAUGGAUCGUACUUGGCUGAGUUCCUGUUGGAAAAAGGCUAUGAGGUGCAUGGCAUCGUUCGUCGGUCCAGUUCUUUUAAUACAGGCCGGAUUGAACAUCUCUAUAAGAACCCACAGGCUCACACUGAAGGAAACAUGAAGCUGCACUAUGGGGAUCUCACAGACAGCACCUGCCUGGUGAAGAUCAUUAAUGAAGUCAAACCCUCUGAGAUUUACAACCUGGGAGCUCAGAGCCAUGUCAAAAUUUCUUUUGACCUAGCAGAAUAUACUGCUGACGUUGAUGGGGUUGGCACUUUACGGCUCCUGGAUGCUAUUAAGACCUGUGGCCUUAUCAAUUCUGUGAAGUUUUACCAAGCCUCCACCAGUGAACUUUUUGGAAAAGUGCAAGAAAUCCCGCAAAAGGAGACCACCCCUUUUUACCCAAGAUCGCCUUACGGGGCAGCAAAACUGUAUGCCUACUGGAUUGUGGUGAACUUCAGGGAAGCCUACAAUCUCUUUGCUGUGAAUGGCAUCCUCUUCAAUCACGAGAGCCCCAGAAGAGGGGCUAACUUUGUCACUCGCAAGAUUAGCCGAUCAGUGGCAAAGAUUCACCUUGGGCAGCUGGAUUGUUUCAGCCUGGGCAAUCUGGAUGCUAAGAGAGACUGGGGCCAUGCCAGAGACUACGUUGAGGCCAUGUGGUUGAUGUUGCAAACGGAUGAGCCUGAGGACUUUGUCAUAGCCACUGGGGAGGUCCACAGUGUCCGUGAAUUUGUGGAGAAGUCAUUUAAGCACAUUGGGAAAACGAUUGUGUGGGAAGGGAAGAAUGAAAAUGAAGUGGGACGAUGCAAAGAGACUGGCAAGAUUCAUGUGACAGUCAAUCACAAGUACUACAGGCCAACUGAAGUGGAUUUUCUGCAAGGAGACUGCACCAAAGCCAGGCAAAAGCUGAACUGGAAGCCGAGAGUCACGUUUGAUGAGCUAGUGAGGGAGAUGGUGGACGCUGACGUGGAGCUCAUGAGGAACAAUCCCAAUGCCUGA